GUCAGUCCUCACUUGGCAGUCGACAGUCCGCAGUAGGCAGUCAGUUGGUCGAUAACGUGUGGCGCGCAACGAGUGCCUGUGGUUGACUAUUCACUCGACGCUGUCGAACUCUGUCUAAUUUCAUAAUUUUUAAUUGAUAUUCACUAUUUCGUUACCGUCGUUCAGUGUUCUAUUUUGACCGGCGAUAAUUAUUUGAAUUGAUUAGCUUUGGCUUCGCUUAAAGUCGUUUGUGACGAUACUGCGGAGUGCUGUGCGAUCGAAUAUCUAUUUAUGUGGCUAUACAAAUAUCGUUACAAAAGUCCGGCUAAAACAUCAAAAUAAUGGUGCCGGCUUUUUGGUGGCGCCGCCGCCGACACGACCUGUUGAUUCGGUGCGUGACAAUUGCGGUGUUCGUGUUGACCACACUGGUUUCGGCUCAGGCAUCUGAUAGCUGUGAUUGGAAUGGAAGUGGUCUUUCUGAUUCUUCUGAAUACUCAGUGCGACCCGUACGAUUGGAUCGAUGUUGGGCCGGCAAAGUACGUUGGUCGUACCCAAGAGGAGCUUUAAGGAUCGUGUUCCGGUUGACUGGCAACAGCGGAGGUCGCGAGUUCCGCGUUUGCCUUAAACCCGACAGGUUAGACGGAGUGCGCGUGUUACUUGAUAGCGCACCACGGCGUUUGCUUGCCGUCUACGACCACCGGACGCCGAAAAGGCCACAGCGAUCGCAGUGCUUCAAGAGUGUCGGUGGAACAGCGGCGUUUUAUGUGGAAGCUGACAAAUCUGGACAGCAGCCCUCCAGCAAAGCAGUCCAGUUCCGAUAUGAUCUCGAACCACUCAGUUCACCAGUACCCGAACUUUUCACGGCCGAUGACCUCGACGAUGAAUGUCGUCCUUGCACAGUAGAAGAAAUGACACAAGCUUACUGCACGAGUAGUCUAGUCGUUCAAGGCACCAUUGUGGGCGUAUCGUACGAUGGUGACGUGUCGCGGGUGAAGGUGCGGCCGACCAAGGCACACCGGCUGCCGCCCGAAGAAGACGACCGCGCCAUCGAAGAGAUCGGUGACGGUGCCGAACAGCCCGUGACCAUUACGUUCGGACGGGGCUGCAGGCCCGCCGUCGGACCGGGUGAGUUCGUGUUUAUGGCCAGAACGAAAUUCGACGAACUGGCCUUGAGGUGCGCUCCUCGACUGGAAGAAUGGCGACAGGCGGCAAGAGCCGACAAGUCGCCCGGAUGCAUUCUGGCCGAUUAGCCGAAACUACGAGUUAUGUUUUUUAUAAUACGUAAGGUUACCAAAACAACCGCUGUUGAAUCGUGUUGGUGUUUUUGUGUGUUAUGUAAACGAUUUAGUAUAUUUAACUUAUUUCAAUGUAUACUUACACUCUUUAAGUCAUUUAUUUUUUUCGAAAUUAAUCUUGGAGGAGGAGAAAAUGCGGUACGUUCUAUGAACUGUUAUAAGUUUAUUUUUCAAUUGUUAGCCCAUUUAACCAACUCGAUUUGUUGUACAACAGUUUUACUAAAUAACGUUACCGAUUGAUGUGUUUUGAAUUUCAUUUAGUUGGUAACAAAAUUAUCGUCAAGAGGGACGCAUUACUUUUGGGGACUUAAACGAACGGUCUCGUGUUUCGUACGUCUUUUGUGUUACUUAAAAAUAACAACGAAAAAGUGUCCGGACAAUCGUGUUAAAUAUAAAUUAUUGAGUUUUUUUUUUUGUUUCUAAAGACACGACUGCUAGAUUAGAUCAUUUUACUCAAUUAUUCAAUACCAAAAUUUUACCUUUUUUUAUUCUUAUCUGUUUUUCUCAUUUCUAACAUCGUAACAAUGUCGUUCAAGCACCAAAAAAGGUAUUUUCUCCUCCUUGACUUACUCUUAAAAACACUUAAAUACGUGUAUUUUCUUGUGAAUCAAUGUGCCAAACGUUUAAAGCAAAUAAAAUUUAUUUUACAACGAAUCUAACACAUAGAUGAACAUUGUGUAGUAUUCUGUGUAUUACACAUCCCUUUUAUUAUUGUUAAAACCUCUGAAUAAAUACUUUUCCAUGUGUCGCCCCUUAACGCCGUGUUUCGUGCAAUGUUAAAAUAUUUCUUUUCUUUGUUAUAACUUUUACUCCAAUUAUUAUUCUUAUAUUUUUGUUAUGUUUUUUUUUUUUUUGUAGUAUGUAUACAUUUUUUUUUGUAAAAAUCGUUUUAUACAUAAUGAUCUCAGUUUAUUAUUUAUGGAAAAAUCAUGAAUGUAUAUAGUUAUUAUCUGAUAAAAUAAUAUAAAUUAUAUAUUGUAUGCAUUGAAA